GGAGGCAACCAAGUACAUGCAUUCAUGCGGGACUAAACCUGACGAUGAAGCAUCGAGAAAAUCUAUGGCGCAGAUGGAGCUUUCGCAACAUAUUUAAGCGAUUUAACUGUAGCUAGUAUGGUCAUGCAUCUCAAGCACGGACAGUACCAUACCUAUGUUUAUUUAUCUUUACUUUCACUUUCACUUUGGUCGCUGGCAAGUGGUACGAUAACUGGCGCUUUCGUUGUUCCGCACGGAGGCAUAGUACUUGCACCGGGUCGUUUUAACACCACAAAUACUACCGCCAAGGAGCACGCAUGGAUACUACAUAACAACUACAAACUCAUUGGGGAACAUAUUGGUCAUUUAAACCCCGAUUUGAUAUUUUUGAGUACCCCGCAUGGAGUGGCAGAUUUAAAUAGGUUCGGGUUAUAUUUGAACUCUGCAGGGAAGGGGAAUGCAGAUACAGACAAUAUCCAUUGUCCCCCUGCUUGCUUUAAUGUAUCAGCGAACUUUGCCUGUGACAUAGCUGAAGAUAUUGCCAGUAAAUAUAAGCAUGUGUUAAACUUGACAGGACUUACUGCAUUUGGACCGCCGGGGAAGUCGGACGAAGAUUUCCCACUAAGAUGGGGUGAGGUAAUCCCGCUGUACUUCAUACCAAAUUUAUCAAGGAUCAAGGUUGUUGUCAUGAGCCAACCCAGUCGCAGAUACACUGAAUCUGUUGCCAUGAUACCGGAACUCACAGAACUAGGGUGCCAUCUGUACGAUUACCUUCAAGCCUUGGACCAGAAUGUCGUCAUGAUGGUCAGUGCGGAUCUGGCCCAUACUCACAGAAAAGAUGGACCUUAUGGCUACUCUGAUGCUGCCGAACCAUUUGAUAAGGCAUGUGGACACUGGGCAGAGACUAUGGACAGUAACAGUCUAUUGGUCACUGCAGCCAAGUAUGUGGACAAAGCCCUGUCAUGUGGCUACACAGGAAUGGUCAUGCUGCAUGGCAUGUUGGAAGCUGGUCAGCUGUCGUCAUGGAUACCAACAUUGUAUGCAAAUUACCAUCCGAGUUACUAUGGGAUGAUGCUGGCGUCUUUCUUGCCUCAUUAAUUUACAUUAUAUUCUGCAUCUGCUAUACUGUAAUCAAUUGGAAUAUCUUAAAUACAUGGUCAUUUCUACAAUUUUCUUUCGUUAAAAAUCAUUAGAAAAAUAUUGAUCAAAUUUGUCACAUCGCCUUGGAUCUGAAGUAUAUAUAGUUUUGUGUUAAUAAAAUGUGCAGCUAUUUAAAAUAUCUUAUAAUAAUUAAUUCUAGAUUACUACUAAACAUGAUGUUAUGGACUGACUAGAACUGACUAGUAACCACACAGGUACCGGAUUGUUAAAAUAUAACUUUCAUAAGACAGGAAUUUAAGGGAAGCCAAGAGAAGGAAUUUAAGGGAAGCCAAGAGAAUAUAAGUAUGAUGUGGCCCUCAGCAAAAUCACUACUAGUCAUGAACAACUGGGACAAUUUUGAUCAAAUUGGUGGUGUGAAGCAUCUGUGAGUGAAAGGAAACCAAUUUU